AAUUUGAUUAAGGAAAAUUAUAGGUGAGAUAUUAAAUAGUAUUUGCUGGUAUAAUGUAUAUUAAAAAGAUGCAAACUUCUCUCUUUUUAGUGAUCCUGGACCACAAUAAUAUUGUAAAUUAGAAAUAUUACUUACAUUAUUUUUUCUCUUAUAGAGAUAGGGACCAGGACAUGCCUCAGUUAGGAUGCAGAGAUUCUAUUGGGUUUUUAUGGCUUAACUGUGGCCUCUCAGAUGAGGGUACUCCACAAGGAAAAUGUUAUGUAGACCACAUAGCAGUGGAUGCCAGAUUUAGAGGUAGAGGAAUAGGAAAGGUCCUGUUAGAAAUGGCGGAAAUAGAUGCCAAAAGAAGAGGAUGUAGGGCUAUAUAUCUUUGGGUGGCGACCAGCAAUCGAGCCCAGCACCUGUAUGAGAGACAGGGAUACAGAAAAAUGGAACAAUACUCAUUGUGUGGCUUACUCUGGUGUCAGACUGGUGAAAAAGAAUUUGCACGGAUGGAAAAGAUUCUGAUGUAAAGAAAAUGAUGAAAACAAUAUAUCUGCGACAACCAAAGAAACUUUUUAACCAAGUUGAUCUACACUGGCACAAAGUGCCAAGUUAACAAUGCUUUCCUUUUUGUUAACUGCUGUUGUCUGUAUCCCUUGUCUUACCUGCAUCUGUAACUGGUUUAUGUUUGAGAUAAAAACCAAAGUUUGGCUAUUUUAUAUUGCAAUUUUUCAAGAUUAUCAGGGAUGUAGAAUAUUUGGUAAAAAAAAAGUUUUUUUUAAAAAUUCUCUUAUAUUUUAUGCUAACCUGAUCCAAAAUUUGUCCGUUGUCUGUCGUCAUCAUUGUUCUUGUCAUCAUUGUCAUAUAAACUUUUCACAUUUUCAUCUUCCUCUGUAGAACUACUCGACCAAUUUCAUAU